UAGCAGAAUCCCUCCCUCUCUUACAACUGUAACCCUAAUGAGCAUUGUGUUACUCCAGCAAAGAGUGGUAUAGUUUCAUUGUGAAUAUGUUGUAAGCAUAUGAACAUGAUUAUGGAUAAUGUCUCACUGAUAACAGUGUUAAGUCUUUCUGGGUUGAAUGAGGUCACAAACUACAGAGUGGUUCUCUUUACCUCUACCUUGCUUUGUUAUUGCUUGAUACUAACCAUCAACUGCGCUCUGAUUCUCACCAUUGUCCUGGACAAAAGCCUGCAUGAGCCCAUGUACAUUUUGUUGUGUUGCCUCUGCAUUAACGGGAUUUACGGCACAACAGGCUUCUACCCCAAAUUCCUCCUGGACCUGCUGUCUUCGUCUCACGUCAUCUCCUACAACGGGUGUCUCGUGCAGGCCUUUGUGAUGUUUUCGUUUGCCUGCAGCGACCUGUCCAUUCUCUCCGUCAUGUCCUACGAUAGAUACCUGGCUAUCUGUAGGCCCCUGCACUACCACCGUUAUAUGAACAAGCACAGGCUGUCCCUGCUGGUCUUCUUCUCCUGGUUGAUCCCUUUCAGCUUUAUGGCAGUCUGCAUUAUUCUUACCUCCCGGCUCACGCUGUGCAGCGCCAAGAUCCAGCGACUGUACUGCGUGAAUUGGGUCAUCGUGUUGCUGGCGUGCCCGUCGAACAACACCACACCGAACAGCAUUGUGGUGUAUCUCACCAUGCUGGUGUACGUUUUCCACGGGGUGCUGAUCGUCUGGUCCUACAUCUACUUGGUGAGGACGUGUCGGGGCUCCAUGGAGAACAGGAAGAAGUUCAUGCAGACAUGUGUGCCCCAUCUCACCUGCAUGCUCAUCUUCGUGUCCACCGUCAUCUUUGAUAUCAUGUACAUGCAAUUUGGCUCAAAAAACAUCGCUCAGUCACUGAAGAACUUCAUUGCCAUAGUGUUCCUGAUUAUAUCCCCGAUCAUGAACCCCGUCAUAUAUGGAUUCAAACUGACCAAAGUACGCAACAAGAUAAUUUUUUAUUUAAAUGUUUAUAGGAAUUACUCAUAACUGAGGGUUCAUGUGUUGACAAUAAUCAUCGUAGAAAUAAAUUUAGAUUGGUCUAUAUCUGUUUAUUUACACCAUAAUGUAAAGUGUAGUAUCGUUUUAUACAAAGAGGUGAGGUGAUACCACAAUAAUGCUUGAACAUAUCACAUCACACAUUUCCUUUGCUUGCCUUUUGCUUGUUGCAUGGUAAAGCUU